AUGGCAUUCUGGGGUGGAGUGCUUAUUCCAGGUGGCCCCCGCCUUCGCUACAAAUCAGAGGACGGGGAGCUUCACCUUGCUUUAGCAGUGCCGCUGAGUCCUCUCUACCAGCAGCACAACAAGCAAGCGCUGCAGAGUAAGAAGCAACAGCCUAAGCAGCAGCAUUCUCAAAAGGGGCCCUCAUGGGUGCUGAUGAUGCAAACGCGCAAAGGGGCGAGGGCUCCCAUCGCCAAGAUUGGAGAAUUCAGGCAGCAGCUGAAGAUUCUCGUCACGGAAGACGUGGAAUUCUGGGUGGAGACGCCAGGCAGUCCGGGGGGCUGGAGUCUUCAACUUGCCGGAACGCUUGUGCCUCACAGGAGGGGCGGCUGCAGUUGCUGCCACGAUGAGACAGCCAACUGCACCAGCAGGGAGGAGCAUUUGCACGCGAAAAAGAGAAGGAUAGAAACAGAUCCAGACGAAGCCCCCGCCCUUGUCGACCAAGAGGCGUACAGAAAACACAAGCAACAAAAGCAACAGCAGCAGCAGGAGGCUCCCUUGUUGCAGCUUUCCCCAGAGACCGCAAAGACGCCUUCCCUUGCAGACCAACUGCUAGGCUACAAAGCCUCAGGGCCACAGCAGAAGCCCCCCCCUCUUUCCCAGCAGCGGCAGCAGGAAGAGAGUGAGGUCGUGCGCGCUGGUGACAUUUACCGGCUGCCCAGCGGGGUGGAGUAUACGGUAGUGCGCGCAAGUGGGAGUACAAAGGGACUUCGGUGCUCUAAGGGCUGUAACAUUACAAUUCAGUAUAGGGGCUAUUUGCUCAAGACAAAGAGGGGCUUUGACAAGGGCAAGCUCACCUUUUGCGCGGGAACCGGUGAAGUCAUUAAGGGCCUCGAGUUGGGCCUUAUGGGGUGCAGAGAGGGGGAAACACGAAAGAUCACUAUACCGAGUACCCUUGCCUAUGGCAAACGGGGGGCACCUCCCUCCAUCCCACCCAAUGCGGAUCUCGUCUUCGAGUGCACUUGCACGCGGAUCAAACACCAAAGUUUUGCCAAGGCUUUAGGGCUAGAGGUGUGGCGGCCGAUUGAGAUCGAAGGGUUGGGGUCCAGGGGUUUAGAUAGUGGAAAACACAUUGCAACAAGUGUGUUCAGAGAUAACGCGGCAGCGUUUCUGUCGCUGCCUCUCCCAAAGGCCUGGGUACGUGAGCCGUCCCGCUUGCGUGCAGCUGGUCGCGUAUCCUUAGGGCUGUCCAUCUGGAGCUUUGGUGUCUCCUUCAUCCUGUUUGUGCUGGCCAUUGUUGCCGCUGAAAGCCUCGUCGACUACGUUGCCGCCUUCCUUGAGGUCGUCUGUGCCGCAGUCAUUGCCUACUUUGGAGCUUCUGCAGCUUUCAAGAGAGACUGGCGUUCGGCUGGAGUGUAUGUGGCAUUCGCGUUGCUGAUGGCUGCAGAGCAGCUGUUGUGGGUCGUGUUUGCGGUGUAUCAUGUGAAAGCCACCAAGGCACAGCUUACUGCAGUAGACCGUCUCUCCUCAGCAGCAACAGAAGAGGAGUACCUGCUACUGCAGGAGGAGCUUACGGUUGCUGCUGCGCAACUCGGUUUAUCCAUUUUUUCUCUUGCUUCUUACUGCACUUCUGCUGCUGCGGCUUACGGCCUCCGCUACCAAGCAUUGGUUCUUGGGCCGGGAAGCCAUGCUGCCGCUGCCAAGAGCUUUGCUGACGUUGCUGCCGAUGCGCUCGCUGCUGCCGAUGCAGAGGAUGCUGCAGCAGUGCGAGAAGGCCGCCGGCCGACCCAAAGGAUCUCUGUGCAGCACCAGCUGUUGCAGCACCAGCUCAAUUUGCUGCAGCAGGAGCAACUAGAGCAGCAACAGCUUCUGCUGCUACGGCAGGAGGAACUUAUGCUACAGCGCAUCCCCAGAGUGCGGUCCACCUCAACAGCAGGUGCACCAAGAGGGUCUAGAGCAACUUUGCAGCAGCACGAGGAAGCAGCGGUAGCAGCUGCUGCCGCUGUUUCCCUUGCCAGGAUGUCGCUUGCCAUCACCGAGCAAGAUCCAGAGGCUGCAGUGGCGGCUGCAGCUGCGACUGCAGUCGCAGCCGCACGCAAGUCCCUUGCCGAUGCAUUUCAAAAAAACGAAGGUGCAAUUGCAGCGGCAACAGCUGCUGCACUACAGGUCCACCGGGCAACUGCCCUCGGUGUACCUACAGCUCCACGCCGCAGCGCCGGCCCGCGUCGUUCAACUGCUGCUGAUGCUGCUGCUGCUUCAACUGGUGCCGCUGCGUCUCAUUCUACGGGUGAUGGUGGACCGCAGCGACACCAGCAAAUCCGUAGGAUGCACACAGAUGGGGCAGCAACUGGGGUACAUGUAGAGGCUGGGGAGGCACCCGACGCAUGGUAG